AUGAGCUUCUCAGCGAGACGGGUUUCGACCAUGAGGUCGGCGCUGCAUGCCAGCACAGAUGGUCGCCGUUUCUCCGUCCAUCCUGAAGAUGAAAACAUCUCUGCUCCACACCGAAGUCUCCGCGAUCAUCCGAGCCACAAACCGCAUUCGGCGCUUGACACUUCAAGAGCUUCAACUGGUGUCAUUUGGACCACCGAACAAGCAGCGAAACAUGGCUUUCUCGAUGAGCCCGAGAAGUGGGCCAACCUCGGUCAAGGCGCCCCUGAAGUCGACGACGAUAUUGAAGGCUGCUUUCCUCGCCCAACUUCAAUCCCGCUGACUAACAAUGGACGAGAAUAUGGGCCAACAGCCGGUAUUAAGCCUCUUCGGGCGGCCGUGGCGAAGCUGUACAACGACAACUACCGUGCGGGCAAGGAGAGCCAAUACUCGUGGGAGAACGUCUGCAUUGUACCAGGAGGAAGAGCUGGGUUGAUCAGAAUCGCUGCUGUGCUGGGCAAUGCGUAUCUCGGCUUCUUCAUCCCUGAUUAUACCGCAUACAACGAGAUGUUGUCCCUGUUUCGUAACUUUGUAGCCAUACCCACCCCUCUCUCUGAAGCUGAUGGAUACCAUAUCCAUGUCGACAAGAUCGCCGACGAGCUGGCGCGCGGUACCAGUGUCAUCUUGACCUCGAAUCCUCGCAACCCAACUGGUCACGCUCUGGAUCCUGAAGAGCUUGCCCUGAUCCAAGACAUUUGUCGGGACAGAGCAACAUUGAUCUUUGAUGAGUUCUACGCUGGUUACAGAUACGACACAAACUGCGACGGCAGUACCAUUUCUGCUGCUUCCAACGUCAUUGACGUUGAUCGAGACGACGUGAUCUUGAUUGACGGUCUCACAAAACGCUUCAGACUCCCAGGGUGGCGCGUCGCUUGGAUUGUUGGUCCGAAGGAAUUUAUCAAGGCGCUCGGCUCAUGUGGCAGCUAUCUCGAUGGUGGCUGCAACGUACCAUUUCAGGAGGCUGCCGUUUCCAUGCUCGACCCUCCGAAAGUCAAGGCUGAAAUGAAAGCUCUUCAAAGUCACUUCAAGAUGAAGCGAGAUUACGUCCUCAAGAGACUUCAAGAGAUUGGAUUCAGAUGGGGUGAACAGAACGUGCCACAAUCGACUUUUUACAUAUGGUUGGAUUUGACGUCGCUGGAGCCUCCCUUGCCAAAGAACAGUCCCAUUGACAUCUCCAAUGGACUUGCAUUCUUUGACGCACUGCUCCAAGAGAAAACCAUCGUUGUUCCGGGAAUCUUCUUUGACCUCAAUCCAGUAAAGAGACGCGACCUUUUCGAUAGUCCUUGCCAUCACUUUGUCCGCGUGAGCUAUGGUCCCAAACUUGAGCAACUGAAGAUGGGCAUGGAUGGUAUCGAGAGGGUGGUCAAGCGUGCAAGGGGCGAGUUCGGAUUCAGUGACACUGCGAUCCAGGAUGAGCCUGAGAGCAAGAGUCCUCGCAGCCCGAUUCAGUUCUGGAAGGGACAAGGACAGGGCGAGCAUCUGCCAUCGCGAUGA